AUGUUUGCACUAACUAUUGCCAACGACCCCAUCCGGAUUAUUAUUAUGAUAGCAGCUGCGUUUGGAUGGCUUCUUUCAUUUUUAGUUUCAUCCUUAUUAUGGUAUGCUGUUGUUCCCCUUCGAACUUAUCUAGCCUUUGGAAUGGUGUUUGCUAUUAUAAUUCAGGAAGCCUUUCGCUAUGGAAUGUACUUAUUAUUAAAAGUUACUGAAGCUGGUUUGAAAGUAAUAUCUGAAAACCAUGAUGGUAGAUCUCAUAAAUUGGAGAUGGCUUAUGUAUCAGGACUUGGAUUUGGAACAAUGAGUGGAGCGUUUGCAAUAAUCAAUGUUCUGGCAGAUUCAGUGGGUCCAGGCACUCUAGGCCUUCACAGUGGAACAGAAUACUUCUUUGUUACAAGUGCAGCAAUGACUCUCUGCAUGACACUGCUCAAUACCUUUUGGAGUGUGAUAUUUUUCAGUGGAUUGGAUAACAAGAAUUAUUUGAAAAUUGCAUGGGUUUUUUGCUCACAUUUCUUCGUGUCAGGACUCAGUUUACUCAACAAAAAGGAAUUAUAUGCUGUUACAAUUUUACCAUCAUAUAUUGUUCUUAUAAUUACUGCAAUCAUAGCUUUUAGAUGUGCUGGCGGCACCAAAAUUGGUUUAAUUCAAAGUUUUACUGGUAGAACA